AUGCUGCCUCCCACGGCCCUCGCCAGCCUGUCCUGGGGGCUGCUCACCUGCCUGAUGCUCCUCUCUCAGGUCCAAGGAGAGGCUGAACAUGCCCGGAAGGAUCUGCCUUCUGCACGGAUCAGCUGCCCCGCAGGCUCCGUGGCCAGUGGCUCCGGAUACUGCUGUGCCUUGUUCACAACACCCAGAUCCUGGGCGGAUGCAGAAAUGGCCUGCAGGAAGCGGCCGGGACACCUUGUGUCUGUGCUCAGCGGGGCGGAGGGGUCCUUCGUGGCCUCCCUGGUCAAGGAAAAUCUGAACCCCCUCUCAGAUGUCUGGAAUGGACGUCAUGACCCCACAGAGGCUGGCCUGGCGGCCAUGGUGCUGCACGGAAACCUUCCGAGUGCAAUCGUGGUCGAACCUGGUCCUCUGCCGCCCGCCACCACGGCACAGAGCCACGCUCCAGGGCACCGGGGCUGUGGGCUCUUCACCCACACCCCUGAUCCCACCAACACUUUUUGUUUUUCAUCCGCCUGGAAAACCAGCUCUCAGAAGCACGACAGUGAGGAGGAAGGUGACGGAAGGGCACGCAUCAUGCGGCAGGAUGUGCGGUUCCCAGGAGCCAAAGGGGAGAAGUCAGCGAUAUUCCCCCUGCCUGAUGAUUCCCAGGCGCAGGAGCGCGGCUGCCCUGGACCUGAGUAG